CGAAUAGGAUGUGAUGUUGUUUGUGGUGUGUUGGUUUUUGGCAGCUAAUAAUAGGGGUCUUGUUCAUUGUUGCCGAAGAGUUCAAAAACAACAAGGAAAACCUUCCUUUGCAACUAUUUCUAGGCCGUCUAAGUCGCUUUUCUUGAGAACUUAUUAUUCAACAAAAUUGUCUCGUUGUGAUAGAGCUCGAAUUGCUGUCGAUGCAACUUUCGAGAAACAAUCCAACGAAGUAACUCAAAUUAAGAGACAUCUUCGGAAAAUGUUAACCUAUCUUAUCAAUAUGUCGCCACAACGGAGAAGGAUAUUCGCACUAAUUCGUGGUUUGGAGGGACGUUAUUCACCUCCGAGUUCUGUGGAAUCACUAGUACAACAGCUGCAAGGGGACUGGAAACUAGUCUUUAGUUCCACUACACUCGGAAUUCCUUCAAGAGAGUUGGUUGUUUUGAGUGUGACCCAAACUUUGGGAGUAGGCAAAUUGCGCGAAAAUGGAUGCUUCGAAAUCAUUAUGGUAAACAAGUGCCGGUGGAACUACGUACAACAAGGAGCUCAUGGACUUUUGGAAAUAUUUUGUGUGUUGACUUUUUUGGGGCGUUGUCGUUUUAUGUGCCGGGUAUCGGAUUACCGUAUGGAGACUCAUGAUCAAGUCAAGGCAACAGAGGCUCGUUCUAUAGUGGCUUACCUGCAACGUAAUCUUCCUCGAGAAUUUUUCGAUCCAAAUAACUGUAUGCUGCAAGUUAGUUUUGUGGAUAAUGAGUUGAGAAUUGUAAAAUGGUUGGGCAAAAGAUUUGCUGGUGUUCGCAACAUUUUUUAUAGGUGUGAUGACAAGGAAAUUUCCUAAUAUCAUGACACCCGGCUGCAGUUUGCACCAAGA